UCCAAUCAAAUCGCGGGGGCGGAGUAAAGAAUACCUAAACGGAAGUGGAAACCGUCCUCUCAAUCAGAUGUAAAACUUGUUGCUCAGAACUUUCUAAAACAAAUUAUUGCGAGUUGUUUUUGUUCUUCAUCAAGAUGAAAACAGUGGUUUUGGUAACAGGAGCCAACAGUGGCAUCGGCCUGGCUCUGUGUGACCGUCUCCUCGCUGAGGCUGCAGAGGGUCUGCUGCUGUGUCUGGCCUGCAGGAACAUGCAACGCGCCCGGGCUGCUCGACUGUCCCUCCUGGCUUCCCAUCCUUCAGCACAGGUGGACCUGUUGCAGCUGGACACUAGCAGCAUCUCCUCUGUCAUCAGUGCUGCUCAAGAAGUCAAACACAAGUAUGAUCGGCUGGACUACCUCUACCUAAAUGCAGGCAUCAUGCCAAACCCAAAAUUUGAUAUUAAAGCCUUUUUCAGAGGCUUAUUCUCCAGUAAAAUUAUCGCAAUGUUUGCCACCGGUGAAGGGAUUCUCACUCAGUGGGACGGAGUCACUCCUGAUGGCCUGCGGGAAGUUUUUGCAACCAACCUGUUUGGUCACUUUCUUCUAGUCAGAGAACUGGAGCCAGUCCUGUGCCGUCCAGGUGAAACCUCACAGCUCAUUUGGACUUCUAGUAGCAACGCUCAUCGCUCAGCUUUCAGUCUGGAAGACCUGCAGCACCAGAGGGGGACUCAACCAUACAGCUCUUCCAAAUACGCCUCUGACCUUCUGAGUUUGGCUCUCAACACCCAUUAUAAUAAACAGGGUUUAUACUCGUCUGUCAUUUGUCCUGGUUUUGUGAUGACAAACUUGACUUAUGGCAUCCUGCCCACCUUACCAGCUUUCCUCUGGAAUCUGCUCUUGCCCAUCUUUUGGCUCAUAAGAGUGUUCACUAACACAUUUACAUUGACGACUCACAGUGGAGCUGAAGCUCUGCUUUGGCUAUAUAAGCAAAGACCAGAAACCCUGGACCCAUAUGCUAAAUAUCACAGCUUAACUUCAGGGCUGGGAAACAACUAUACACAGCCAAGAAAGAUGGAUAUCGAUCUGGAAACAGCAGAGUUGUUAUACAGCAAAUUAUUGGAGCUGGAAAGCCAAACAAGGAGCACAGUUAAAUGAAAGAUAAACCAACUGAAAUCCAGAACAGACCGGAACAUGCAGGAUCGGGACAUCUUGAUGUUUGAAGUAAAAUCUCUGAUGGAGAGCAUCACUUCAAUGCUGUUGGCAAGGUUGAACUUGCUGCAGAGUUUUUCUAGAAAUGUUUAAAGCUUGACUUUCCGAGUUUGAGCAUAAAAAGAUCAAACAAGACCCAUUAAAGCACAUUAUGUUUUUCUUUGUUGAUACAAUAAACAAUGCUUGGUUCA